CUAGUUUAUUUCAUUUCUUGACCACUCAAUAAUCCAACAUAGGUACCCUAGUAUCUCAACACCACCAUUAACUCUCUAGCAUUCCUAGCAUAUCCCAGGAAAGCAAAACCACCUCUCUUCUGUAGCCAGUGUAUUUCACUGUCUUGUUUUCCUCCCUCCUUAACCAUAUAUAACCCUCGUGUGCUGUCCUUGUUAACAAAUAUUUGUCAUUCUAAAAUGGCUUUAUCCUCCAGCAGCACCAAAGUUGUUAUCGUUACCGGCGCGUCGCGUGGAAUUGGCAAGGCUACCUCGCUUCAUCUCCUGUCCAAGAAUGUAUCUGUUGUAGGGAUUGCUCGCAGUGCUGAUACUCUCAGCACCCUGUCGGAGGAGGUGGCCCAGCUCCAAACAGCUGCCAAGUUUCUUCCUGUCGUUGGCGAUAUCACUGAUCAAUCGGUCCAGCAGCAGGCUGCCGAUUAUGCCGCGCAAAACGGAACCCUGAUCGCGCUGGUCAACAACGCAGGAACUAAUAUGCCGCUUGCAUCGAUUGCUACUGGGUCUGUCGAUGACUGGUCAAAUAUGUUUGCCGUCAACGUCAUUGCACCGCUGAGUAUGACCCAGAGGGUUAUACCGCAAUUGCGUCAGUCCAAAGGCAGGGUUAUCAACCUGUCAUCCACCGUUUACAAGAUCCCGUUCAAGGAAGCAGUUUGCUAUGGCGCAACAAAGGCAGCUAUUAACUACAUCACUGCAACUUUAGCAUCAGAAGAGCCAGACAUUACCGCUGUUGCGAUUCAUCCAGGACUUGUCAACACAGACAUGACUCGUGUUUUCUUUUACAAGGCCUUUGGAGUUGAGCCAAGUAAAAGCUCAGCAGGCGAUUUAUCUAUACCCUCCAUGAUUGAGGCUGAUGUUCCUGGACGCAUCAUCGGGAAUCUUGCCCUCCACGUAGACCAUGAGUUAACUGGCGCGUUUGUUGAAUACAACGAACCUAAGCUAGCCAGGUAUGCUGAAUAAAUGAACUCAUUUUGCUUGAAGA